AAAAAUAAUUGAAAGUUUCAAGCUUAUCAUGUCUUUUUCAACUCAAAAAGCACCCUACCACGUUGUGUUCUAAAACCCAUAACCACAAUAAACAUGCAGCCAACUUCUUACUUCUCCCCCUAAACACACCUCAUUACACUCAUUCUUCCCCUCCUUAUACCAUAUUCUCAUUUCUCACUUGCUUUCUCAAAACUAAUCUAAUUUACUAAUCAUCUUCUAAAUUAUUCUCUAAUCUCAUUGAUCAUGAACAUAAAAAAGCUCAAAGUACCCAAAAGAAUGAGGGUCACUAGUAUGACCUCUACUAGAUUGAAGGGCAUGAAGGUGAGUAGAAGCAUCAAGAGUAUCAAAAAGAUUAACAUCAAGAAAAGGUUCCCAAGUCUAAGAAAAGCGAAAGCCGCUACCGGAGGUGGCGGUGCCAAUGGUGGUGUUGCUGGUGUUGCUAGUGGUGGUGGUGGUGGUGGUGGUAGGAUUGGGAUUCGACGUAGUAGUAGUAAGUGGAUAUCAGUGGUAAAGAAGAAGAUAUUAAGGCCUAAAUUAUUAGGUCAUAAAGGAAGUAAUAAUAACAAAAAUAUUAUUAUCAUUCAUAAUAAUACAAGUAUUACAGGAAAUGAAGAGGAUAAUAGGACUAGUUGUGCUACUGUGAAGACUAUGAAAGAGGAGGAUGUGAGUGUCACCUCCAUUGACUCGGCGGCGCCACCGCCGCAUGAUCAAGCCAGUAAGGAGGAGGAGACGACGGAGGAGGAGGAGGAUGUGGAGGUGGAGGUAGAGGUAGAGGUGGAGGUGGAGGAGACUCAUCAACAAGAUAUUGAGAUCAUUAAGUUAAGGGAAGAAAUGGCUUCUCUUCUUAUUCAAUCUGUUUUCAGGGGUCAUUUGGCAAGGAGGGCAUUCAGAGCAUUGAAGAGUCUAGUGAAGUUACAAGCUGUGGUUCGAGGUGUGUGUGUACGAAGACAGGCAAGGAUUGCAUUGCAUUGUAUGAACACCAUGGUUCGUCUGCAAGUCCGCAUUCGAGCUAGGCAGCUCUUUUAUAGGCCUAGUGAUGCUGUUCAAGCUUGAUCUAUCAUCAUCAUCAUCAUCUAUUCAUGUUCAUCGAUGUUGGUUCCAAUCAAUGAACUCUUCAAUGGAGAAGAAUACAUUGCUACUACUAUAUAAUAUAUAGCUUUAACCUUCUUGUAAGUUGUAGGUUCCCAU